CAAAAAUCACGAUCAGUACGGGAUUCCCCACGAUUCAAUAUCCGGAGUGCACAGAGUACAUACGCCGUCGCAGCGGCUGCUGAGCGAGCUUCUGAGAGAACAUGGCGAUAUGAGACAGCACCGAAAAGAACAAUCACGAUCCAGCAAUUCGACAGGGUCGUUUCGUAGGAGAAAAUCGUCGUCGUCGUCGUCGUCGUCGUCGUCAAUUGCCGGAUCGGAAUCACGGGGACGGACAACCUCGGGUUCGUCUCCGGUCACGGGACUUGGGCGUUAUUGUACAGCCGCUACCAAUCAGAGGCGAGGCAUUACCAGUCGGAAGAUACUUCUUCCAUGUUUCACCGCCUGCCUGAUUAAUAUUUUUAUGUGUGUUCUCAAAACCGAAUUUCCUCUCCGUCUCUCUUCCUCUUCUCUUCUUCUCUCCAAGAGUCUCAGCUCACGUCGUUUACCACUAGGAAUGAUUCGUAUGUGCUUAGCAGAACCUCACUGGUUUCGGCUUUCUGUCGCGACCGCAGAGGUGGUUAGAGACUCGAGAAGGAGUAUGGCCCGUCGUUAAUCGCCCAGUUCUUUCUAUCCAUGAAAGGAAGGGGUUUCAUAUCAGGGUUACAUCUAUAAUCUAUUCGUAUGCUCAAUUGCACGAAAUAUAAUAUGCUGGCGUUGGAUGGUCGUGAAGAUGCGAGUAGUGAUGUUAGCCGACUAGCCAAAACAACUCAAUCGCGUAGUACCUUGUCGAGGAUACCAAGGGCUACCAUGCAGUUUCACGGGGCUCUAAUUCAGACAUGGAUGUCUCCGCGUCAGAUACCAAAGUCGCCGGCGUCACAUGUGUGGUCUUGGCGGUCAGGUACGCGUCGUUAAAGGAAU